AUGGAACUUUUCCUAAUCCUUUGGUUCAGCGGCGUCGGAAGUUCAAAUAACUUGUUCGGCGGUCUGGGAAGUGGAAGCAACUCGUUCGGUGGGCUUGGGAAAGGAAGAAAUUCCUUUGGCAGUCUUGGCAGUGGAAGUAAUUGGUUCGGUGGUGUUGGAAGUGGAAGCAACUCCUUUGGUAGUCUUGGUAGUGGAAGCAGUUCUUUCGGUGGGCUUGGAAGUUCAAGCAGUUUGCUCGGCGGUGCCGAAAGCGGAAGCAGCUCGUUUGGUAGUCUUGGCAGUAGAAGCAGUUCUUUCAGUGGGCUUGGAAGUGGAAGCAGCUCAUUCGGUGGUCUUGGAAAAGGAAGCAGUUCCUUUGGUAGUCUUGGCAGUGGAAGUAAUUCAUUCGGUUGUCUUGGAGAUAGUGACAGUUCGUUCAUCGGCCUCGGAAGUUCAAAUAACUUGUUCGGCGGUCUGGGAAGUGGAUGCAACUCGUUCGAUGGGCUUGGGAAAGGAAGAAAUUCCUUUGGCAGUCUUGGCAGUGGAAGUAAUUCGUUCGGUGAUCUUGGAAGUUCAAGUACUUUGGUCGGCGGUCUCGGAAGUGGAAGCAGCUCAUCCGAUGAGCCUGGAAAAGGCAGCGGCUCCUUCGGUAGUCUUGGAGGUGGUGGGAAUUCGUUCAGUGGUCUUGGAAGUUCACGUAACUUAUGGGGCGGUCUUGGAAGCAGAUGGAACUGGUUCGGUAACACCGACACUCAUCGUAGUUUAUUUGUGGUUGAUGGUAAGGAAUUGAGGAAUUAUAACAGUUCUGCUGAUGAUACCUGGGUAUUGAUAUGGGUACCUAGAAGGAACCUAGAAUCAUUUCCCCGGGUAACUGAAGGAAUUGCCAAUGUUCUGAUUAUAAUCAUCAGAAUGUUAUGA